AUGUCGAGUAGAAGCUCCAGUGAAAUGUCGAACGAGAGCUUGCUUCCUGUUCAGGAACAAGAGAAGCACGAUUUGUACAUCAAGAAACCGAGUCGAGCCCGCAAAGUAUUCCAAUCUAUCUGUAAACGACGAUUCUACACCAACGGAGUAUCUAUUCUGCACCAGAUCUUCUUCAUCGUACUUUUCAUAGCUGGCAUCAACAUCGCCUAUCGCCAAGGACUUCGUCACCUGGCUCCUAGAGCCAUCAAAAGUUUUGUUCCCCAAAUCGCUCCUUUAUCAACACCAGUCAUCUUCGAAGACAGCGCCGACUGGUCCGGAAACACACCCCAAGCAGCCAUAGGCUGGAACAGAUGGCUCAAGAACUUCGAAACCCACACCAUCGCCAUCCCGACCUCUUCAAUCGAAGAAUUCGGCUACGAGCCCGGACUACCCGAUACUACGCACUCUGAACGAUUCUCCAUUGCCAUGUUCCACCAACUACACUGCUUGGCCACAAUCCGCGAAUUCGCCUACCUGCCAGACGCAAAGCGGAACCCGAACGGCAAACCGCUAGACCACGACGGAGUGUCGUUUUCGCCGUUCCAUAUGGAUCACUGCUUCAACUACUUGCGGCAGGCGAUUGAGUGUUUUGCUGACGCGACGGUGGAGUGGGCGAAGAUUGAUGAGAGUGGGAAGAGGAAGGGGAUUCAGGGGUGGGGGAUCCCGCAUCGUGAGUGUCGGGAUCGGGAUAGUUUGGAGGCGUUUGCGGUGGAGCAUCAUAAUGUUACGAUGUGA